UGUAACAGCACAGAAGUAGUUCGUGAAAACAGGGGUGGUCUGAUAUUAAUAUGUAAACACGGACACUUUCUAUUGGCCAAAGCGGCUCAUUUAUCAUAUUGUGGGCGUUAAUCGAGGAGGUGUGUAUAAUGAAUAAUAAAUAGCCCCGUCCUUCAGUGCCAUUCCCCCGUGAGAGGUGAUGUCACGAGCGCUGCCCGUGUACGUUCCAGCUGACUCUUGCUACGAUACCGAGCGCUCGCUUUACCGAGUGCCCGAAGAAAGAAAGAGAGAGAGAGAGCAACAAAGAGGGCAGAGGAAUAAUAACAGCCAUCAGUCUUAACCGUCACAGCUCACGUUUAAUUGUUUAUUAUAUUCUGAAGAGGGGGACCAUCUUUUUAUUUGCACACGGAGUUUUUCCAGCUCUCUCGAUUCGAUUUAGUCUUAUAUUAUAGUUUACUCGCAGUUUCUUGCCGACUGUGUGGAACUGAAUCGUAUCUCUGACUCCAUGGACGCCCGUCUAAUCCAACUCAUUUGUUUUUUCGGGGAAUAUUUCUGUCCUGGACGCGAGGAGCACCAGUUAAAUGCGAUGACAUACGUCAACAAAUGAGCGGCGAUCCCACGGAAGGUUUACUAAAGGCGAAGCAAUCGGCUGAGUAUUCUUUAAAAGGAGCCAGUGCGUUUGAAGAGGAUGUUGAUCUUGAACUCCGGAAUGUUUCUCACUUGAGCGGACCAUAUAGGACGUCAGUUCACUUCAGUUUCCUAAUGGGAACGCAUUAGGACUUUGAAUGCGAAUUUUAAAUGCUCAGAAACUUCCAUACACACCCUGAUACAAGGCGCGAGGCGUUGCCAAACUCUGUUUUUAGAACAUUUCUACUUUUGAUUGGAACACUUGAUUAAGUCAACCAGCUCAACUGAUCUGAAAAGUUAUUAACUGGUUGAACCUGGACUAGGUAUUACACCGAGGAAUGUCCAGGCCAAUUUCUCAGCUAUUGCCACCUGACCUUCCAGCAGGGACCAGUCCACAGCUCGGUCCUGCUAACCCUGCAGUUACCACCACCAAUGGCCACCUGAAUAAUUCCAUGGCCAGUCUGAAAUCCCUUCUUCAGCUGCCUAUUAAAGGGGACCAGAGAGGGAAAGACUGCUGUGCUGAGAUGAAAGAUAAAGACAAACCUCUGGAUUCUGAUGAGGAUUCACUGGGUGGAGUUGGGGGCAUGAACGGUGGGAACGGCACCCUGCGUUCCACUAACCAGUCCACCUUCCUCGGCCCAUUGCUAUGGGAACGUUCACUGCCGUGUGAAGGCGGCCUGUUCCAGCUACAGUACAUGGACCUGGAGGAGUUCUUGACGGAGAAUGGGAUGGGGUGCAUGCCGUCAGGAAACACCUGCAGUACGGCCGCUCAGGUCCCUUCUCAGAGCACACAGUCAGCCGUACCCAGCCAGAGCUCUCAGUGCCCACCUUCUUCCUCUCCGCCCUGCUCUUCCUCUGCCUCCUCCAUCUCUUCCCUUUCCUCAUCGUCUUCAUCAUCCUCUUUGCUGGGUCUGGACGUGCCGCAGGGCCCCGGACUGCUGGGAGGGCCGGAGUGUCUGCAUGGGGCUCAAACUGUACCACCUGACCCUUCUCCGAGCCCCUCCUGCCCACCUCCACCGGUGGUGCCACCCACCAACGUGGCUGAUGUCAUGGUGAACUUUGAUCCUGACCCUGCUGACCUCGCCCUGUCCAGUGUGCCAGGCCAGGAGGCGUUUGACCCACGCAGGCAUUGCUUCACAGAUGAAGAGCUGAAACCUCAGCCCAUGAUCAAGAAGGCCCGCAAAAUGCUGGUGCCAAAUGAGCAGAAGGAUGACAAGUACUGGAGCCGGCGCUUUAAGAACAACGAAGCAGCAAAACGUUCUCGUGAUGCCCGCCGACUGAAAGAGAACCAGAUUUCAGUCCGAGCAGCAUUCCUGGAACGAGAGAACGCCACCCUUCGCCAGGAAGUCGCUGAUAUGCGAAAAGAGCUGGGCCGCUGUCGCAACAUCAUCAGCAAAUACGAGAGCCGCCAUGGAGACUUAUGAAGAGGAGAAAGGAAGAGAAGAACAGAAGGAAGAGAAAGACACAAUUACUGAUUUUAAAAAAGCGUUUCAAGGGCUGUUCAACUCAUCCUGGAAUGGCAUUUUCUUGUAGAGCUUGCUUCAAAUAAGCACUACGAUACUCUGUUCACUAAUUUACACUUCUUUCCGGACGUGCAGGGAUCAGUUGGAUUAGCUGGUGUGGUGCUUGGUUGAAACAAAUACUUGAAAAUUGUGGUUCAAAGUUGAACAGCCUCAGCACGAGGGAUGUGCACAAGGUCUACGUGUAAGCACAAGCACAUUUCAUAAGCAUCGGCUCUUCUCCUACGAUACCACCCCAAACCUUGACUGAGGAUGUGCAAUCCAAACUCUCAUAAAUACUCACGGAUCAUAAAGGCAGAUCAUUUAUAACAUCAUGUAGCCCUUGUGAACAUCCUCUUUCGAUACGGGAUGAUUUUCUCAGAGAGAGAACUAUACAGGAGGUGUUAGAGAUGUAAUUUUUUUCUAUGAUAAAAAAACACAUUGUAUAUUUUUGAACUGUUAGGGUCAGCUACAAUAGAGUAGAUGAAGAGGCAGAGGAGGGAAUAAGAGAGUGCAAAAGAGAUUUUGACAUAGGAAAACUGUAUAUUUUUAUAUUUGCACAAGCAGGCAGGCGAUGAGAUUUUGGAAAUAAUCGUUUUUGUAUAUUUUAUAUAUGGGUGGGAGGGUGCGGGUAGCUGAACCGAAAGAGGGCUAUAUGAAGAAUGGAUCGUUAUCAUAAAAUGAUAUAUUUUCAACAUCCAGAGCAGGAAGAACAAGAAUAAAAGGAUGAACGUCAUUAAGAGUUAUGAAAGGAAACGGAGCUGAUAAGAAACAGAAAAUAGCGAACAUGAAAACUGUAUAGUUUCAAAUUUUUCAUCAUGGUUUUGUUUAAGCACUUGUUUUGGUAUCUUUGAUUACUUUUCUUAAAAUUCUGUGUAUGUGUUCGUUUUAUCUUGAGGUGAGAGAGAGACGGAGAAAGAGAGAGAGAAAAAUGGCAUUACAUCCUGUCACGAUGUCUCGGGAGUUGCGAAAUGUGUACAAGAUUUUUCAGUGUAUAUAUUUAAAUGUUAAAGCAAAUACGUCCACAUGCACACACACACUCUUUUUAACACAAACUGGACAUGGGUUUUCAUGUUUGAUAUAUAUAUGCACAGACAGACUCAUUGAAAACGUGAACAACAGAACUGUUAAACACAGCAAUAUCGUUUCUCUUUCUUUCUCUCUUCCUCGAGCUUUUGACGUUGUGAUCGGUGCUGGUUUGGCAUUUCUCACCCAGGUCGAGUCGGCAGCGAGUGGAUUGCAUGCUGGCGCAUGCUUGCGUAUUUUUCCGCCACUGGAAAAAACACUCUUCGUUUUUACAACUGUCAUUUUAUAUGGUGCUCACCCAGUCUCUUGACCCAGACGCACAUAACCCAACAGUUCUACCCUGUAUGCCUAUAACCUUUGCUCUCGUAUGAUUUCUUAUGAUUAUUGAUCAUUGUAUGAGGGAUUGUAUAUAUAUAUAUAUAUAUAGACCUACAAGAGUAUAUCUAUACAUUUCCUCAAAAUUAACCCCACAUCCCCCCCAAAAAACAUGCACCCUAAUACUACUGUACCAUACAAAGUACAAUAUUAUAUUAUAUAUUAAAUAUUAAACUAUUCUCUGACUAGAUAUAUGUGUGUACAUGAGUAUAUGCUUGAAAUUUGUGACUAUAGAUGUUAUUUGCAUAACUUGAAUAUAUAAAUGUAGAAUCUUUCCGAUAAAAAAGACAGAUCUGAUUUCUUAUCCAUUUUCUCAGGUGUCUGGGAUGACUCUAAAAAAACACACACACACCACGCUGAUCAGCGAUACUGUGUCUUUUUUUGAUUGACUGUUGUCCAGUUUUAUGGAGCCAGCUAAUGGUGGCUUUAUAAUUCCACGGAAAUGAAUAGUGCACUAUCAACUAUUUUUGGAGGAAGAUUCUGUUAAAAAAAAAGAAUGAAAGAAAAGGAAAAAAACUGUGCUGGAUAUAUAACUUUAUUACUUUACAGAUAGGAAUUAAAUGUCUUUUCCUUUUGAACGUUGUUGCUCUAUUAUUACGAUUGCUUGCAUUAUCAUUGCUGUUGUUAUGAUUAUAAUUCUCACAUUUAUUUUCAGCGUUUUCUUGCAACAACUUACUUUUCGAUGGAAAUGUAUUGCUCUCUUACCUCCCUUGUAACUGCAAGACCAUCUUGAAUUACUCAGUCGAGCCUGUUCACUGUUGGAAACAUCCACCAAGACUGUGCUAGGCCUUAAGUGCAAUGAGGGCGGAGUGGCCGUAAUCUUGUCCUUGUGUGUAUGAAUUUGAUAUAACCUGAAACAAACAAAUAGUAGACUGACUGUUCCUUUCUCUCGACAGAACUUCUUCUUCUACCACCUUUGACUCGCUACUUUUUGAUGCCAUGUCAAAGACGUACAGUUUGUUUAAAAGAAGCUUAAAGGAAGUGAAGGUUGAAACCUUAAAGAGCUUAAAAACUUUUGACAGUGCUAUUUUUCUAUGUAACUGUGUGCACAUACUCUUUCAUGGGCAUUGGUAGCCCGUCGUCACUUUAGUGUUGACGGCGCGCUGCUAAAUGUUAUUGCGGGUAUUGUAUUCAUCAUUUUAUCCAUUUUCACAUGUGGAUUAUGAACAGCUCCCUGUUUGUGACUGUUAUGAACUAUGAAUCUCAUGAGUAUACCACUACCAAACAUCACUUGGUAAUGUCUACUGUUCCUGCCUAUAGGGAUGCUGGGAAAAGUGGUUUGCCCCCCCCCCCCCCCACCCCAAAACACCAAUAAAUAAUUACCCCUGUUCACUGACA